GUCAGUUGCUGGCUGCUCUACCUCCUCACACCCGCGAUAUCCCUUCCAUGCUCAUAUGAACGCCCGCCUGUUUCAUGGAAAUCACGACCGGUCCUCCUCUCCUUCUCGCGCUCGGUGCACGCAUCGCAUUGAACUCACUGUACUUCCACCCCAACGAGCCUCCAUCCACCCAAGACUUUCUCCUUAACGGCCUCUUCCAGGGCGUCCUCCUCUACACUACCCUCAACCAGCUCUUCCUCCUCGUGAUCCCUGUCGGCUUUGGCAUCGCUGCCAAGCUCCUCCUCGACUACUCCCGCACCUUUGACACCACCCAGGUCGUCUGCACACUGCUAGGGGUCGCGCUCGGUGUCGUGUUCACGGAUGCCCUCUCCCGUGUCUUCGAGGACAGCACCACGCUCAAGGAGCGCGAGCGCACGGUCAGCACCACAACUCACGUACGCGAAACACGCGAAGCUGAGCCCGGGAAACGGCUCCGCCUGGUCUCCUUCGGCCGCAGUGGUCAGGACCGCACACGGCACCGUCGCGACACCGGGAACACUCAUCGCCGCGACGACCGUGACCGUGACCGCGACCGCGAGCACGAGCGCAACCCGCGGCGGCUCGAGGUGCGUCCGAUCACGCCCACGCUCACGUACGCGAGCACUGCGCCGUCGAUCUCGCUCGACUCUGUGCCGUCCUCGAUCGAUCCCGACGGGCGCAUGACGCCGCACGAGCGCGCGGUCGCAGUCCUGCGCGCACGGGCGAGCCUCGCGGACUCGGAGCGGCGCCGCUUCAAGGAGGAGCGCAAGUGGGCGCUCAGCCAGGGCAACUACGCCCGCGCGAGCCAGCUCGCGUGGCAGGUGCGCCGCUUCACCGCGCUCAUGGAGAGCUUCCACCGCGAGGCGGACGCUAAGGUCGUCGAAGCUGCGCGGGCAGUGGACACUGUGCCAUCCGCGCCAGUACCUGCGCGCACUCGCCGGACGUCGGAGUCGAAGCGGAGCAAAGUUGCCCAGUCGUCAGUCGCUUUCCCUGGCGCGACGUCAACGUCGGCACCACCCGAACGUCAGCAGCCUCUGGUUAGCGUGACGGUAGGGACCACGCCGCGAAACCGCAAGCGGAGCUCGGGCACGAUGCGGCCUGCGAUACACGUCCAGGGUCGAGAGAUCAAUGUGACUCGGUAAGGCUUGCCUCCCGCCACUAUGGGAUGUGUUGCAGAACGGCGUGCAUCUUGGCGGAGUUCAUCUGCGCGGGUUUCGUGGAUGUUGUCUAGAGGCGUGCAGGCCCCACCCCGCACGGAAAAUUCCCGCCGUACUUGUGCCAAAACACUGGUAGUGUAUGCUUUGGUACGGACGCAGGAAGACAGCUUGGAUGGUCAUAUUUAUAUUUGGAGAUGCUCGCUCGCUCUGGAAGUAACAUAGUUGUAUAGUUCAUGGGAUGUGCGCCACCAGUAGCGCCUGUGUAUUACUACUGUACGAUUGCAUGUCACGACUGUUUUGUGC